AUGUCACUAAGUUAACGUUAGCUGUGGAAACGUCAGUAGGAAGACACUGUUGUCGAGUGAUUUUCAGGGACGUAACCAUGGCGACCGCCACAAAAACCCCCCCAGGUGCAGAUCCCAAGCAGCUGGAGCGCACGGGUACCGUCCGAGAGAUCGGAUCACAAGCCGUGUGGUCUCUGUCCUCGUGCAAGCCAGGGUUUGGAGUCGACCAGUUGAGAGAUGAUAAUCUGGAGACGUACUGGCAGUCUGAUGGCUCUCAGCCACAUCUAGUGAACAUUCAGUUCAGGAGAAAAACCACUGUGAAAAUGCUGUGUAUUUAUGCUGAUUAUAAAUCGGAUGAGAGCUACACUCCCAGCAAGAUCUCGGUCAGAGUGGGAAACAACUUCCACAACUUGCAGGAGAUUCGGCAGCUGGAGAUGGUGGAGCCGAGCGGUUGGAUUCACAUCCCUCUGUUGGAUCUGGUGAACAAUCCCAUCAGGACCUUCAUGAUCCAGAUCGCCGUGUUGGCCAACCACCAGAACGGACGGGACACGCACAUGCGGCAGAUCAAAGUCUACACGCCCGUGGAGGAGAGCUCCAUCGGCAAAUUCCCACGAUGCACCACUGUAGACUUCAUGAUGUACCGCACCAUCAGAUGAUCCGAGCUCUUGCUCGAAUGGACGGACUGAGCUGCAGACGCUGCCUUCUCUUAAGACUCUGUUCUAGAAUUAAAUGGUUUAAAAUGUGUUUUGUAAAGAAAACAGUUCAAAGUUAAUUUUAUGUGAAUGCAAAUCUACAGGAAAUAAAUGUUUUUUUGAAAUUAA